AUGUCCCCAAAUCAAGCAAAAGUUCAAAUAAAGGAAAUUAUUGAACCUCCAUCAUGUUCUCAUAGGCUUUUCUUAGAUUGGUAUGAUACUGGGGAGACAAAUGUUGUUGGGGAUGCUUCUAAAGAGGCUAAUGUAAUGGACGUCACUGGAGAUGACAAUAUGUACAUAACUGAUAAUGGGGAUAAUAACAAGAAAGGAAAUCCAUGCGUUGAAGUUGAAAUUGGGGACAAAUUUGAGCACACGAAUGAAGUUGAAUUUAGGGAUGGUAACAAGGGUGGAGAAGAUCCAUGGUCUGAAUUUGAAAGUGGGGACAUGUUUGAGGACAUAAACGAAGAAGAAUUUGGAAGUGGGGACAACUUUGACGAUGACAGUGGUUAUAAAUCUAGUGAGUCCGAUGAUAUAGACUUUUAUGUUGACAAUGACAACAUCUUAGAUGAUGUAGAAGUUGACAUGAAUGAUUUCAAUGAUAACAUUGAUAUGGAUGCAAAGUGGGUUGGAGGUAUGAAUGACAAUGUGGUACAAGAAGAGAAUGAAGUUGGAGAGCUUAAUGAAGUACUAAAUAACGAGGUACUUUUGUCAGGAUCAUCUUCGGAUGAAGGUCCAGUUGGUCAACGAAAGAAGACCAUCAAAGCUAUCCAACGAGCUCAUGAGAAUGAUGAAGCAAAUGUUGCUGAACCAUUUUAUAUCCUUCAAACCUUUAAUACAGCCCAAGAGUUUAAAGAAAGAGUUAAAGUCCAUGCUAUUGAGACAAGAAGGGAACUUGGUUUUGAAAAAAAUGACAAGAAUAGGGUAAGAGUUGUGUGUAGGGGGACAAUACCAAAACUGGGAAACUUAGACAAAAGUGGGGAAGGUCAACAAGAAGUCAACAAUGAAGAUGAAGAGAAGUGCCCGUGGAGCCUCUACGCUAGUAAAUGGAAACGUGAUAUAAACUGGAUGGUCAAGUCUUACAACAAAGAACAUCGUUGUCUCCAAACUCGGAAUGUUAAAGCGUGUACUUAUAAGUUUCUUGCCAAAAAGAUUACAACUCAGGUGGAAUCUAACCCAACUAUUCCAAUUCGUGCUUUACAAGAACAACUGCAACGUGAUUACCAAGUGGGACUUUCCAAGAUGAAAGUGUUUAGGGCUAGAACUGAAGCUCUCAAUCAGGUGCGAGGGGAUUAUGUUGGUCAGUAUGCUCUAUUGAGAGACUAUGUUCAAGAACUUCAAAAACAUAACCCAGACACGACUGUAAAGAUUGAUGUAGAGAGUGAACCAAAUCCAAAUUCAGAAACUAGAACUUUCAAGCGCAUAUACAUCUGUCUUGGUCCUUUAAAAAAGGGAUUUGCUGCUGGAAGAAGAGACUUUCUUGGUCUCGAUGGUGCUUUUAUGAAGGGUCCAUACCCAGGACAAAUACUUUCAGCUGUGGGAAUUGAUGGUAAUAAUGGAACAUAUCCACUGGCUUAUGCUGUUGUGGAAUCUGAGAGGAGUGUUACUGCUAUAGCAAAGUUGUUUCCAUGCGCUGAGCAUCGUUAUUGUCUUCGUCAUAUCCAUGAAAACAUGAAAGCUAAUUGGAGGGCAAAGCAAUUCAAAGACUUGCUAUGGGAUUGUGCAAAAGCAUCUACUAUUCAACAGUUUCAACGAUCAAUGGAGGAACUUAGAAAACUUAAUAAUGAUGCGUAUGAGUGGCUUAAAAACAUUCCUCCUCAACAUUGGUCUCGUUCACACUUUACAGGUAGAGCUCAUACAGAUGCUAUGCUUAACAAUAUGUGUGAAUCUCUAAAUAGCAAGAUUGUUGAAGGUCGUGAUGUACCAAUCAUUACAUGUUUGGAGUACAUUAGAGAGUACUUAGUGAAGAAAAUUGUAACUGUGCAAAAGGAAAUUGAUAAAGCUGUAGGUCCCUUGACUCCUACAGCUACCAUAUGGGUUGAAAAACUGAAGAAAGAGGCUUCACAAUUAAGGUCUGUUUUUUGUGGGAAUGGGAAAUAUCAAGUCAGUAAAAAUCUUUUGGAACAGUUUGUGGUAGAUAUGGGCCAACAAACAUGUUCAUGUAGAAGGUGGGAACUAAUAGGGAUACCAUGUGCACAUGCAAUAGCAUGUAUGUGGGAGAUGUUGAAGAACAAAGAAAUUGAUAAGAUACCUGAACAUUGGGUCCAUCGAACGUAUUGGUUAGAAACAUGGAAGAAUAUGUAUUCUUUUACAAUUCACCCAAUCAAUGGAAGGAACAUGUGGGAGAAGUCUACAUGCCCUACAACCUUACUCCCUCCAAAACACCAUGUGCCCAUUGGAAGACCAAAGAAAAAGAGAAGGAGAUCUGCCAUGGAGGUUGAGGAUUUGGUGAAAGGUAACCAAUUGUCAAGAGCACAAAAAUCAGUGACAUGUUCUAAGUGUAACAAAAGUGGGCAUAAUGCAAGGACUUGCAAGGGACAGAAGGCUGGUGGUUCUCAAAGUUCAAGGAAUGUUGGUGGAUCACAAACUUCAAAGAUUGUUGGUGGUGCUGGUAGUGAAAAAGUGAAGGUUGGAAGUGAAAAAGUGAAGGCUGGUGGAUCACAAACUUCAAGGAAUGUUAGUGGUGCUGGAAGUGCAAAAGUGAAGGAUGGAAGUGCAAAAGUGAGGGCAAGUGUUAGCAAAAAAGGGAAAGGUGUCCCAUAAAUGUGGCUUUUAGGUGCUUAUGUAUUGUUUUGGUUGAUGUUGACAAACAUUGUCUUCUUUUGAACUAAUUUAUGUGUUGUGAUGGUUAUGUUAAUUGCUUUUGAAAAACAAUGGUGUAAUUAUAGUAUCCA